AUGAAACAUACAGUGCCGAGUGAAACAGACGCAGAACUUUUGAUGGAAUAUACCGAUCACAAAGCUCGCUCUGUAGGAGACGUCGUCGCAUGCACAAAUUUCCUGCUCGAGAAUGAGCCAUUCCUAAAAACUGUCAAAGAAUAUAUUGAAAUUAUACAAAACUGGGGCAUCUAUUGCGGCAUCUCCAAGAAGGCUUUCUAUGCUGAAUGUCAACAUACUAUCAUGGAAGCAGACCGACUCCUUCGCCAAAUUCGAUACCAGAUAGCGAGUCUCAGAAACCUCAGUCAAUUGAUUCAUGUGCGAUUAAAAAUACUCAAAGCUCAAGGCCAUAAAGAGAAGCUUACGCAGGUAGUCAUCGUCGAUGGAUCAAUGCAUGUUCUCCUCUCGUCUUUUCUGAUGAUAUAUCUUCCUCUUCUCUUUGCAGCGAUGUUAUUCGGCAUGAAUAUUGAAGAAUUGGUACCAGGAACCCGACUAUCCCUCAAACACUACGUCACUGUUGUCGUUCCAGUCACAGUGAUAACAGUAAUAUGUAUCAUCACGAUGGAAUAUAGAUCGAAACGGCUAGGAAGAGCAGACAUAUACCCCGACCUCGAGUCCGAACUGCAAGACAGCGAUGCCCAAGCAACAGACGACGCUGAAAUAACCCCCCUUGAUGUGAACCAGCAGAUUGCCGAGGAUGUGGAGUUUGACAAUAACCUGAUUCACGCCAUUCGUCCUCCCAGUGCCGCCCAUAACACCUUUGAACCGCUAAUCAAUAGACCUUCGGAUAUAGAAAUGAUGCCCACUGGACGAGAAAGCAAUGGGGCGCGAGGGCACGACUUCAUGUUCGGCCACCCCCCUGACCAUUGGUCCACAACGCCAAGUGGUGAUGACAUGGGCAGCGGCAGAUAG